AUGCCGCCAUUGUUACAGCAGAGCGAGGUAACCUUCACGAGGCAAAGGGUCAAAGAAAUUCUCGAAGCCGUCCCGUACAAGCUUCCAAUCAGGAUCAAGCAGUAUGCAGGCACGUCUUGGGCACCAGACCCGCAACGCCAUGACGAACCGAUCCGGUAUACCGUUUGGACGACUGAGCAUGAAUAUAACGAAGAAAACACGCUUGUUGUCUACAGCAUGGCCGAGCGGCGUGGCAGAGCAUGGAAGCUGUGUGAGAGAUACUGCGAGACCCUUGAAAAUCCGUCUGAUCACAUAGAACGCCUGGAUUCUCUGUUCAGUAAGGUUCUUGAAUUCAACUUCAGGCCUCCAGAGGAGAUGGACAGCAUUAUUGAUGCGACAUGCUGCCUGCUCGAACGGCUGCCUGCAGUACCACCGAUGCUCGAUAUUGCGUCAUCACCGUCAGCUUCCGACAUUGACCCCGACUUCUUCCUGAAGGAACGGCCACACUCCUGGGAAAACCUCAGCGUGGUCAGAUUCGUUGAUUCCAAUGUCAUACGCGUCGCGAUGCUUAUCGUCAUGGAAACGAGAAAGAGGAGUUAUUCCUGGAGCCGCAAGAUUGUGGAGUACAUCAACUUGGCGGGAGAGCUCUUCACGGUAGCCUCGGAGCACACGUCGACUUCGGAGGCCGAAAGCCUGCAGCUGGCGAUGCUACGCCAGUUUCUAUGGGCGAGCUGGCAAAGAUCGGUGCUCCUGAAUCUUUAUUUUGCUUUGGGCAGUGAAGUCCAGUCGGCGAACAUGAGCGACCGGGACAGGAGCAUGGUGCUCGGGGUCGAGAUGAGCGCUGCGCUGAGGGAUGCCUUGCAGUCAGACUCGGUCCAGAGCUCUUCAGGCACAAAAGCGGCCUACAUGUGCAGCUGGGCCUUCGAGCUGCUGCGCACCGACCGCGCGGCACUGGCCCAGGACUUCCGGGCCUUCCACGAGCGCUACAACGGCCUUUUCGGCCACCUCCCCCCAAGAUGCAUGCCGGGCGCCCAGGGCCUAAGGAUGAAGGAAGCGCCGAAACAGUGCAAAGGCACGUCCCCAGCUUCGUGCAAACGAUUCAAAGGCAUGAAGAUCCAAGACCAAUCCGCCCACGCCCUGCCGUGCCGCGGCGGCUGUCCCCGCCUGUACUGGGACAGAUCGUCCUACGAGAGCGUGUCCGGCGGGCGCGCUGUGUCCAUCGCGCACAGCACCGCGUCGCGGCUGCGGUACUGCGCUGCGUCGUACAGCACCAUGGCCGUCUCGCACGUCUGGAGCCACGGCCAAGGCGGGCGGCCGGAGGACCCUCUCUCAGAAGACGGCGGAGGAGGCACGGGCUUCAACUCGUGCCUGCACCGGCGCUACAGCAGCAUCGCCGCCUCGCGCGGCUGCGACUCGUACUGGAUGGACACGCCGUGCAUCCCGCAAGACCACCAGCUGCGUAGCGAGGCUAUCAGGGAGAUCAACACCGUCUUCGCGCAGAGCCGGCUCACGCUCGUCUGCGACCGCGACAUCAUGGCCAUCGACGUCGGCGAAGGAGAAGUCGACGCGGACACUGCCGCUCUGCCGCUCCACCUUCAAGAAUCUCUCCUGUGCGCGCUGCUCGUCUGCGACUGGAACGUGCGCGCGUGGACGUACCUCGAGUCGGUCAAGGGCCGCGAGGGCAUCUAUCUGCUAUGCGCGGGCGACGCCGUGGUGCGGCUAGAGGCAGUGCUGCGCAGCGUGCAGGCGCGCGGCGCGCUGAGCGUCGCCGCGCUCUUCCUGACGGCCCAGCACCUGCUGCCGCCCUGGGUGCAUCCAAACGACGUCGGUAAGCCGAAGCCGCGCAUGCGCUUCCGCUCGGCGAGGUCGGAGGUUAUGCACGUUGAGGACGCUGCUGCGCAUCUGAGCCACCGCCACGCGUCCCGUCCCGGCGAUGAGGUUGUUAUUUGGAGUCUACUGACGACGACGAACGCGGCGCGCGAGGGCGAGGGCGAGGGCGCGGGCGCGGGCGCUGCCGGCGAGGAGGGUGGUGGUGGGCCGACGGAUGACCCGCUCAGGUUCUGGAAGCGGCGUGUGGGUACGCUCGUGCCGACUGGCUUUCUCAUCUCGAGUAGUCCGCGGCUGGGGUACGCGAGCGCGGAAAACGCGGGGUUCGGAUGGGCGCCGAGGCGGCCGGACAGGCCGGAAGGAAGGCGGCGGCGGCGGUGGUCGUGGUCGUGGUGGUGGCGGGGGCAGCAGGAGCAGGAGCAGUUCCACUUCGCGUUCGAUGGAGCAGGUAGCGAGUAUGCGUACAUCACGGAGAAGGGCCUGACAGGGAAGUGGCUGACGCAUCUGUUUGACGCGCAUCCGCCCUGCUACGAGGUGCUUCGGCAGUGGCGCAGGCACGGUCGCUCGCCGCAGUUCCGCAUGCUGAGGAGUAUUGCUUCGCGCAUGAUUCCGCGGAAGUAUUACUGGGGCGCUGUGUUGGCGCCGCCGGAUAUCGAGAGGAGCACGUCGCUCGUGCCUGUGCCGUAUCGCGGCCGUGCCGAUGGUACCCUACUUGCCGUUGUGGCGUCGGAUGGAAACAAAGACGGAAGAAUGCUGAGGUAUCCAGGUAGGUCUGAUGACGCCUCGCCGUGGCACUGGAUUGGAGUUGUAGAGUGGCCCAAGGAGAUACCGCUGCCUGAGCUUUUGAGGCUGGAGGUCCUGAUGGUGUAA